AUGUAUCCACAUUUUGGUAUAAGGCCUGAAUGUACGCACAAAUUCACAGCAAUCGCAUUGUCAGUCAGUCAGCUCGUCAGUCAAUCAGCCUUGUCGGACUGCAGUGGGGAAGGUGGAAGGGGGUUCGCUAACAGCUCUCUGAACUGGUUCAACAUCAAGGCAAUCUCUUGCGGAAAUGUGUGGCUUAUUGGAUUGAGUAGACUCGAAAGAGACAGCCGAUUGAGUAGCGGCCUCUCGAUCGAUAGUGGGAAUUCGAACGACCGAAUUGUUAAUGAUUAG